AAGAGGAUAAAGAGAUAAGAAAAGAAGGUGGAUAAUAAAGACAAAGAGACUCUUGACUUUGAUCAGAAAUCAGAAAUUAGAAGUAAAUUGUUUUCGUUAAUUUCUGUAUCAUUUGUAAUUAACUUUCCACAAAAUGGAUUCAAUUCUGUUAAGUUUAAUUCUCAUUUCGCAAGUGGUGAUUAGCUUUGCCUCCAGCGGAGAUUCAAUCAACAAUGGAUCAUCUUCAUCAUCUUCAUCCUCAUCUCCACUUCCUGUUGUCCUUUGGCAUGGAAUGGGUGACACUUGUUGUGACCCUUUGUCCUUAGGAAGUGUAAUUAAGUUAAUUGAGAAUCAAGUUCCUUCAAUUUAUGUUAAAUCACUUCGAAUUGGUAAUAAUGUAGAGACAGAUUUUUCCAAUGGUUAUUUUAUGAACGUUAAUGAUCAGAUUUCUCUUGCUUGUUCGUUGAUCAAAUCGGACGAUAAACUGACCAAUGGAUUUAACCUAAUGGGCUUUUCUCAGGGUGGACAAUUUUCUCGAGCGUUAGUCCAAAGGUGUUCCCUUCCCGUUCGUAAUCUAAUCACUUUGGGUGCCCAACAUCAAGGUGUCUAUGGUUUACCUCGAUGCACAGCGGACACGGACAAUGGACUUUACUCAUCGGUCUGUGACUUAGUUCGUAAACUAUUAUCGAUGGGAGCUUAUAAUAGUUUUGUACAGAAAAGAUUAGUUCAAGCUCAGUAUUGGCACGAUCCAUUGAAGGAAUCAAAAUACAAGGAGAAAAGUUUAUUCCUUGCCGAUAUUAACAAUGAGAACUCAUCUAAAAAUGAAACCUAUCGAUCCAAUUUGGUUAAUCUGAAUAAAUUUGUCAUGAUUAUGUUUGCCAAUGACACUAUGGUCAUUCCAAAGGAAAGUGGUCACUUUGGUUACUAUCAACCAGGAACUAAUGAUAAAAUCGUUCCCAUGGAGGACAGUCCAUUAUAUACCGAUGAUAGAUUGGGAUUAAAAGAGCUCAAUGACUCUGGUAAAUUGAUUAAAUUUACUGUACCUGGUGAUCAUUGUCACAUAAAAGAUGAUUGGUUCAUCAACCAAGUGAUCAAUCCAUAUCUUAGAUGAACUUUCUGCUAAUCCAUCCAACCGAUUAACUGAUUAUUUCCACAAAUUCUUGAACACUGAUUGCUAAUCAUUUGAUAUAUUUUCUCUCAAGCCAAUAAAACGAUUUGAAUACUUGUAAGACUCAA